AUCUUGACCAGAAAGACGUUAACAGCGCCCCGCAGCAGCAGCAGCCAGAAGCAGCACGUCGUCGUCAGCCAUGUUGUUGGUGAGAUACACUCAAUGAGCUGUCAGCAACAGGUCCUCCUCGAAGUAGAAGCGAAACCUGAACAAUUCUACACCAGUUUCACUUCUUAUUGGACAUCAAACAUCGUCAGUGUGACCAGGAAGCCAUUCACAAAAAGUGGAUAUUAACUUGGGACCUUUGGAGAACUCGGAAGUGUGUCUCUAUAUUUGAUCGGUACUACAGCGCUUCAGUUUAUAGAAGCGAAAGGAUGGCUGCAAGCAAUAGCUGAGGACGCCAUCAGGAGUUCCACCCCUUGCUUAGUUGCCACCACCUCCAAGUAUGAAUGGUGGUCUAAGUCUGUGGGCUGUCACCCCAGAAGAGAGGGACAAGCAUGACCACAAGUUUGACACCCUCUUCCCAUCAAUGGGUUACGUUUCAGGUGAGCAGGCAAGGAAGUUUUUCCUCCAGUCAGGACUGCCUGCUUCAGUCCUGGCUGAGAUAUGGGCUCUGGCGGAUAUGAACAAAGAUGGCAAGAUGGACAGGUUGGAAUUUUCCAUUGCAAUGAAGCUCAUAAAGCUCAAGCUUCAAGGAACGCCGCUUCCAUCGGCACUGCCCAUCAUCAUGAAGCAGCCUCCUGUGUCUGCUCCAAACCUCACUGCUCCCAAGCUCAACUAUGGGAUGGGAUCUGUGGGAUCUGUGUCCCUGAUGUCUGGUAACAACUUUGCCAUGUUGACACCUAUCGCCAUGGCAACUCCAGGACUAACCCAUAUGAUUCCACCAGCAGCAGGCCUCAGCCCACUAAUUGGCUCCACCCCCACCAGGCCCCUGAUGACCACUCUCCCCAAUAGCACUAUGGGUCUUCUCCAGCCAGCUUUAGCCACUGGUCUACCUUUAUCUGCAUCCCCCUAUACUUCUCCACUUGUAUCCAGCUCCGCUUUGCCACCCACUUCAUUGACUUCCCAAAUGGCAACAGGUCGUGGGGAUUGGGGUGUGCCACACGCCACCAGACUCAAAUACAGGCAGCAGUUCAACAGCUUGGACACACUGAUGACUGGAUAUCUCACUGGUCAGCAGGUGAGAAGUGCCAUGGCAACGACAAUGUUGAGUCAGACCCAACUGGCCUCCAUCUGGAAUUUGGCCGAUGUGGACAAGGAUGGCAAGCUAACUGCUGAAGAGUUCAUCCUGGCCAUGCAUCUGGUGGAUAUGGCCAAGAGUGGACAACCACUGCCGCCAACGCUGCCGACUGAUUUGAUGCCACCCACACAGAGGGCUGCUGUGAAUGGAUCCAGUACACCUUUGUAUGCAGCUCUGGCUGAUGAUCUGGACAUCGAACCCCCACAGAAAGCCAGAAGCAACAUGUCCUUUGAGGACAAAUUCAAAGCCAACCUAGAGCGCGGGAACGCUGAACUGGAGAAGAGACGACUGGCUCUGCAGGAGGCAGAGAGAAAGGAGCAGGAGAGGCAAGCGCAAAAGGCAAGAGAGGAGCAAGAACGGAGGGAGAAGGAGGCCCGCGAGGCAGAGGAGAGAAGGAGGAAAGAGGAAGAGAAGCGGCUGGAACGCCAGAGGGAACUGGAGAGACAGAAAGAAGAAGAGCGUCUGAGAGAAAUCGAGAGAAAAGAGGCAGCGCAGCGCGAGCUUGAGCGCCAGAGGAAGGAGGAAUGGGAAAGGAGGAAGCGAGGGGAACUUCAAAUAAAGAGACAGCAAGAGCAGGAUGACAUCAUCCAACUCAAAGCCAAAAAGAGAAGUCUGGAGAUGGAGUUGGAGGCUGUGGGUAACAAACAGCGCCAGAUUUCCGACCGACUGCGUGACAUCCAAAACAAGAAGAAACUUCCCAAGACUGAGUUGGACCUGAUCAAUCAAAGGAAGGAUGCACGCCAGGAGGACAUGAAAAACCUCCAGAAACAGAUAGAGGAAUUCCAAAGGAAGUUGUCCCAUCUGACUCCAGAACAAAAGAGGCUGACUGAGAAACUCCAAAGCAUGGCUCAGAAUAAGAUGCCUGUGUCAGCUGUAUCCACCCUGAAGCUCAGCAUUACAGAGCAAAAGGGGACGUGUAUAAAACUGAAGGGUCAGCUGGACGCCCUAGAGAAAGAAACUGCUGCCAAAUUGGAAGAGCUGGACCGCUAUAACAAAGACAUGCAGCAUGUGGGUGCUAAUGAUGCUUUGCUUCAGGCUGUCGUCUCACUGCUGGCCUGCCUGCGUAACCUCUUCUACCUGCUUAAGGAACUGAGGGAGACCCAGCAAAAGCAGCAGGCUACACUUGAGAAACUGCGAAGCCUCAAAGAAGACAAAAAGCGUGAGUUGACUCAAAGGAAGCAGGAGGAUGAGGAGCGGAGGAAGCGGGAAGAAGAGAGGAAAAGGCAAGAGGAGGAAAGGAGACGUAAGGAGGAGGAGGAAGCUCAAAGGCGUAUCGAGAUGGAAAAGGAGCGCCAAAGGCAGGAGAAACUAAGGAGGGAAGAGGAGGAGCGUCAGAGGAGACUUCAGGAGGAACGAGAGGCCAAAAAAAGGGAGGAGGAGGAGAAAGAGAGACAGGCUCUCAUCCAGGCAGCCAAGUUGGAGGCCGAACGAGAGCUGAGGGCCAAAGAGGAGGCGGAGCGCAAGCGUAGAGAGGAGGAGGAAAGAAAGAAAAGGGAGGAGGAGGAGCGGCGAAGGCAAGCGGAGCGGCGAAGGCAAGAGGAGGAGAGGAGGAAGCUGGAGGAGGAGAGGCGACAGUUGGAGGAGGAAAGAAGGAAACUGGAAGAGGAUCGGAAACAGGAGGAGAAGAGAAGGAAAGAAGAGGAGGAGCGACUGAAGCGGGAGGAAGAGCGGAGGAGGCUGGAAGAGGAGCGCCGAAGGGAAAGAGAGCGGCAGGAAGAGGAGCGCAGAAGGCAGAGGGAGCAGGAGGAGGAGGAGAGACGAAGACAAAGAGCCGCAGAGGCAGCCGUCCGAGAUGCUGAGGAGAGGAAGAGACGAGAGGAGGAGGAGAGAAAGAGGAGAGAGCAGCAACACCAGGAAGAAGAGCGGAGAAAGCGGGAGGAGGAGAGGAGGAAUCUUCAGCAGAAGCUGCAAGAGGAUGAUAGGCGCAGGCGUGAGGAGGAGAGAAAAAGAGCAGAGGAGGAAAGGAAGAGAAAGGUGGAUGAAGAGGAGAGGAGGAAAGCGGAGGAGGAGAAGAAGAGAAAGGAGCAGCACCCGCCUAGUGGAGGAGGCAAAAUUGACAUUCAGGAGAAACUCAAUUCUUUGCUUAGGGGACUGGAGGAGAGGAAAGGCAGGCAACCCAGGGCUUCACAACACAGGAAGUCAGCUUCUCUCACACCCUUCAAGGCACUUUAUCCAUUCACUGCACGAAACCAUGAGGAGCUCACCUUUAACGCAGAUGACAUCAUUGAGGUGGAUGAGACAGCUGGGCCAGAGGAGGGCUGGUUGUAUGGCAGCAGUCAGGGCCACUUGGGUUGGUUCCCUGAGAGCUAUGUGGAAAGAGUGGGUGCGUCUGGCUCGGCAGUUGCCGCGACUCCUCCGAAAUUACCAAUCCAGUCGCAGCUUUCCAAUGCCCUCGAGGCGGCAAAGGCAGGGGCAACGAAAUCUGCCUUCACCCCAACACACUCUCCAAACCUUGGUCCCUCUGACACACACGGACAACAAGUGGUAGGUAACCUACUGGCCCAGGCCUUGUGCUCCUGGACAGCAAAGACGGACAAUCAUCUCAACUUCAAUAAAGAUGAUGUGAUUCAAGUGCUGGAAAAGCAGGAGAACUGGUGGCUCGGAGCGCUGAAUGGAGAGCAAGGCUGGUUCCCCAAGUCCUACGUGACACUGCUGGGUGAAGAGGAGGGUUCAGACAUUAAGAGCCCCUCUUCUGAUGCCUUAGACCAGAGUGACGGCCAGCAGCUUGAAGAGUAUGUAGCAUUAUACACAUACGAGUCCCCGGAGCCUGCUGAUCUAACGUUCAGAGAGGGAGAUGUCAUCUUGGUGAUCAAGAAGGACGGAGAGUGGUGGAACGGCACAACUGGCGACCGUGCAGGUGUCUUCCCCAGCAACUACGUCAAACCUAAGGAGGCAGAUACAACAAGCACAUCUGGUAAAAAGCCAGAGAUUGCCAAAGUAACCAGAGCUCAUUUGUCGUCUGGGCCUGGGCAGCUGAACCUAGAGAACGGCCAACUCAUUGUCAUCCUCAGUAAGAACACAUCAGGCUGGUGGCUCGGAGAGCUGCAGGCCCGUGGUAAAAAACGUCAGAAGGGCUGGUUUCCUCCCUCACAUGUCCAGAUAUUGGGGUCCAAUAGUGGCAAAUCCACACCAGCAGUCCAGUCAGUGUGUCAGGUGAUUGCCUUAUAUGACUACACGGCUGUCAACAAGGAUGAGCUAAGCUUCUCAAAGAACCAGUUAAUCAAUAUCCUCAACAAAAAUGACCCUGACUGGUGGAAGGGAGAGGUGAACGGGGUCACCGGCUUGGUCCCCACCAAUUACGUUGGUGACCCCAAUCAACACUGGAGUGCAGACCUGAACAGCCCGUUGGAGAAGAAAAGACAAGAUUACAUCCAUGAACUGAUCGAGACUGAGGAGAGAUACGUGGAGGACUUGCAGAUAGUGCUUGAGGUUUUCCAUAAGCCUAUGUCGGAGUCUGGACGACUGAACGAGGCAGAGAUGAACAUGAUAUUUGUCAAUUGGAAAGAAUUGCUGACCUGUAACCAGAAGCUUUUCAAGGCUUUGUCAGCUCGAAAGAAGAGCGUUGGCGAGAACAUGCCGGUGCAGAUGGUUGGAGACAUCCUGUCUGCUGAGCUGUCCCACAUGCAGCCAUACAUUCACUUCUGCUCAUGUCAGAUUAAAGGAGCUGCGCUGCUGCAGACACGUACCAACAAUGAGCCAGAAUUCAAGGUGUUCCUCAAGAAAAUCGCCUCAGACUACAGGUGUAAAGGGAUGCCGCUGUCCAGCUUCCUGCUCAAACCCAUGCAGAGGAUCACACGCUACCCGCUGCACAUUAAAAAUAUCUUGGAGUGCACUGCAGAGGGGCAUGCCGACCAAGUUCCUUUGAAAGAAGCUCUGGAGAGAGCAGAAGAGCUCUGUCAACAGGUCAAUGAAGGUGUGAGGGAUAAGGAGAACUCGGACAGGCUGGAGUGGAUUCAGAACCACGUCCAGUGUGAUGGCACUGCUGAGAAUAUUGUUUUUGACUCUAUCACCAACUGUUUGGGACCCAGAAAAUUGCUUCAUAGCGGCAAGCUGUACAAGGCAAAGAGCAACAAAGAACUUUGGGCCUUCCUCUUCAAUGACUUCCUGCUCUUGACUCAUUCGGGGAAGCAGUUCACUUCAUCUGGCAUCGACAAGCUGUUCAUCACCAAGAAUCACACGCAGCUUAAAAUGUACAAGCCGCCGGUUUUGCUGAAUGAAGUUCUGGUCAAGCUUCCCGAUCCUUCCAGCGACGACCCCGUCUUCCACAUCUCGCACAUCGACACAGUCUAUAUACUCAGGACGGACAACAUCAAUGAACGAACAUCCUGGGUUCAGAAAAUCAAGGCUGCCUCUGAAGAGUAUAUUGAGAUGGAGAAGAAGAAACGGGACAAGGCGUACCACUCUCGAUCUGUGAAGGGCGCUGGGAUAGGUAGACUCCUGGUCACAAUCCUGGAGGCCACUGAGCUGAAGGCAGGCAAAUCCAAUGGUAAAACUAAUCCAUACUGUGAGGUGACCAUGGGAACUCAGAUGUUCACAUCCAGGACGCUCAAUGACACUACGAACCCCAAGUGGAACUUCAACUGUCAGUUCAACAUUAGGGACAUCUACCAGGAUGUGCUCAGCAUCACAAUCUAUGAGCGGGACCAAUUUGCUCCCGAUGAAUUCUUGGGACGGACAGAGGUUCCUGUGGCAACCAUAAAAAAAGAGCUGGAGAACAACGGCUCAAUCACUCGACGUCUUCUGCUUCACGAGGUCUCCACGGGGGAAGUGUGGGUCCGUCUCGACCUGCAGCUCUUCAGCAACAAAUAGCUGGACGCUGUAGUGGCUAACAGCCAAUGAUGAUUGAGGGGCUGCAUGUUGUCAGGACAGGUGAUCUUUAAAGUCACUUUCUUGGAUGCAAAGGGAAUAUUCAUACUCGUUGGGAAUUAAAAGGACGGCUGCAUAGGUAAUGAUUAUAUAGCACAACUGUAGGAGUCAUGCAGUCAUUCACGUGUUGCAGACACUCUUUCAUAUGUCAGCAGUGAACAAUAUAUUGAGUCCCCUUGCGUGUCUGUUUAGUGUCAUCAAACUGAUGUCAGAGGAGUACUUUGUCCAAUGCUGUAGAUCGAACAUCUAAGAAGAUGUUGCGGCUCGAGUCAUAAGCUUAGUGUGGUGGAUGGUGUUGUUAAACGUGGUUAGGUCAUUUAGUUCUGCGGGUUUGUGAUGGGUUCCUACGAAAUACAUAGCAUAGCUUGCAUGUGAGAACAGAUGAUAAUUAAUAAUUGACACUUGAUAAUUAAAGUUGAUUUAAUGGGGAGGUUUGAAAAGCAAGAGAAUUUUGAUUUUUUUUAUUUCUUUUUUUAUUUACAUUUUUAUGCACCCCACCCCAAAAGGAUGACAACUAUAAUUGGAGGCCUAUAAUGUCUCUUUUUCUUUCAAUGAAGCAUAUAAUUAAUUCAGCAGCUGUGCAAUAAUAUAUAAACAAUAAUGCUUCACAUUUACAGGAUUCAAACUGUAAAUUAAAGUCUGUAAGUUAAGCCCCGCAGUGUGAUGCUGCAAGUGCCUGCUGGUGCUCUGCAAUUUAACGUUAAUGUGUAUUUAUUUCUUAAUUUAUGUGUGUGAGACUAUCCAAAGGUCUGAUGCAGUGCUCCUCUGCGUCGUUUUGCAUAAUCGCUGUGUUGACUGGGUUUUGUUUUAAGGUGGGUGUAGUCAAAUAUAAAUGAAACAUGUUGUCACUCUAAUUAAGUUUCGCCUAAAGUCAGCUCACUCGUUGUAGCUGUUGGCUCCACCAUUGUUUUUAACUCUUUUAUUAACUUCAGUCAUUUUUUUUUUUUUUUAGACUCGACUGCCUAAUUGCUUUGAAUGGGAUUGUGUAAGUUUUUGUUGCAUGUUUUGCAGCCAUGUGCACGGACUCCUGCUGUGCCCCUUGAGUCUCGAAGUCUGUUUACCUGUUGUUUGUACUCACCUGGGCUUCACCAUGUGACACUCGGGUUUCAUAAGUCAAAUUAAAGACAUACAUUGUGUACAGACUUUCGAAUUAUUACUCAAGAUCACCUCGAUAAAGUAAGCUUUGCAAUAAUGGAUUAAUUUGUUUUUAAUGUGUAUACAAGAUAUGUAUUAGUUACAUUAAGCAUCAUGG